AUGCCAGACCAAGAGUUUAGGAGUGUCAUGACAUUACUCUCAUACGAUCUCCAGGUGCCUUUGGACUAUGACUCCAUUUGCGAGUUUCUCCGAGAGCACGAUGCCAGUUGCGAAGCCCUAAACUCGAGGACACUUCGAGAUUUCUCCCAUAAGCUGGUAGACCAUCUCUCCAGCUUCACGGAUCCUCCCUGCGCAACUGAGGCAGCUUCUUCUUCGCACCAAUCUACUCUUCUCUUUCGCGAGGUAAUACACUUUACUGGCGAUACAGACAGCAAUGAAGAAGGCGAUGCGGAUGACGAUGCAGACAAGAGAGCUUUUGCCCUACAUGAGUCUGCAGCUCUCGCGAACGAAUUAAUAGACCUUACCGGCGAUGCCGCAGAAAAGCUACGCAGAGCGUUUCCCUUAAGUCUGGCAGAGGAGGCUAGCUUGGAAGAUGUGGUUCUCCCGGAUGGUAUAUUAAUAAGUGGCCCGCAAUAUUGUCAGUUACACCAUCUGACAGAAAAAGUUCCUCUGCCCACAUACACUAAUAGCAUCGCCGCCAUAUCAAAGCAACUCCGUUUCCUCGGUGUGGACUAUACAGCUACGACGAGCGCUCGCCAGCUCCACUCGAUCCUGCCCGUGCGGCUGUCCGCGUACGACCAUCGUUACCCUCAGGAUAGUGAUUACUGUCUUUUCAUCACCACCAACGAUGGGCAACAGAGCACAUUACCAUUGGAUAUGUGGCUCUACAUAUCUCGACGUUCACAAGAUGCCAGGAGCAUUGUAACGUCUCCGCUUCCACGAAAUCGCCGCCACCUAGACCCAGCAGGCGACGUUAUUGGUCCCAUAUUCGAGAAGUUCAAAUGUGGUCUAGAGUUGCGCUGCGUUGACCUGAUCUCCCUCGCCAUAACCUUCAUCCGGAACAAAAUCCCCAAUGGUUUUGAAUCUGGCAUAUUCGCCCCACGUGGCAAUUAUCGGCGCCCCUGGAGGAGGCUGGGGACUCCAUUAGUAUUCCUGUAG